AUGGUGGAUGAGCUCAGCCUUCUCGGCCUUCCUGGCGAGGUACGAGCCAAGAUCUACCAUUACUAUUUCCAAGUUGAUGGUGGUUAUGCCUACGAUGCCGAAUGCGACAAACUCCAAACCGUUGACAACCGACCGAUCGAGCUCUCCCUUCUCUACACAUGUCGCACCAUUGCGCGCGAAGCCAGACAUCUUCCCUUCUCGCUUAACGCCAUCGAAUUCAGGACUCUUUACCGACCCGAAUUAAACAAUCUGGCGGGAUGCUUCAACCUUGUCGCUACCACCUACCAAACUCUAGAAUCUGAAUUGGUACUGCUUCUAGCAAGUGCAGGUGCAUUGACUCCAGAGAUGCGGGAUCAGCUCGCCAUGCAAUUCCCAGACUUCGGUUCCCAACUUGCUCGUUCCCUCCCAAUCUACGAGCACAAACACGAGUACUACACGCAGAAUCCGACGUAUUACGGGGACAGGAUACGAGAUCGAUACACCUCGCGCUUACCAGACCCUGACCCAAGUGUCAGUUCUCUCCAACAACUGAGGUCUACACUAUGCCACCAAACACAAGAUGCUCUUGCCGAGAGUGCCAGCGUUCUGUACCUAUCGUCCGGGUUUUAUCGCGGCUUUUCCAGGAUAAAACGCCCUUAUUCUGGUGACUAUCCUUCUUGGUCUCAUAGCUUCUGGAAGGCCGAAAAGACCUUGUCAUCCGCUUUGCAGCUUUUAGCCACGCAAAAGCCCGCCGACUUCGAACGCCAAAUUGGCAAAAACUUCCCACAGUGGGAUGGGAGCUAUCGACCGGACGAAUUUCUCAACCUGCGGUUUGAUCACUGGGCAAUCCCUUCACCAUCCAAAGUUAAACACGCAAUGGAUCUUUUGGCUAUUGGAGAUGUCUGGCACUUGCCCGGAAUGUGGUAUGACGCAAGGAGCUGCUGUGCCGGUGACGAUCGUUAUGAAAUGUGUCCCAUUAUACAGCCCCAUCCUCACCACCCGGUGGCCUCUGGUGUUCAGUGCCGGGAGAAGAUCCGAUUCUCAGCCGUCGCUAAUGCAAUCCGUUUUCUAGAGACCCGUCUCUCAUCUGAGCAACGGCGUGAUAUCAGGAGUCUCGUUCUUAUCGAGGACUUUCCAUCGGUCAAUUCGCCGUCCGCUCAUGCUCAGGGAUUGGCUACAUUUUACCGAGAGAAUCCUCACUUACGAGUCGAACGCCGCGUCGACCUUAUGGGCUGUAUGUUCCCCGCCGUCGCAUCUCCUACCUACGUCGCAAACUACCUCCGAAAUCCGGAUACCUACCCUGGUGGUUCAGAGACGUAUGACCGGGGUAUAAGAUCUAGGAUUACCCAAUGGCUACUGGAUGCACUCGCCGUGACAGACGUUGGCAUUCCCGCUGAGGCUUUCACAUUGGUUCUGCAGGCAGGCUGUUACAAAGACCUCUUCACAGAUUUGUUCCAGCAACACAUUCACAACGAGAUUGCUUGGCAUCGAGCUUUUAAAGCGCUGCACCCGCACAUCAAUAUUGAUGGCCCAGUGAACUGGAGAUACUUGAUCAUACAGGAUGUCCUCAUGGACACGCAAGAGGCUAGUGCCCUUGAGACCCUGGCAAACGGAACCUCGCCCAUCCUACGUAGCGAUUUCAACAGCGGCGUUGCACAUGAAAUUGAUACUAUAAUCAACGACACAAGCCAUUUUGAACCGCAUGAAUGGAUACAUGCAUGGAAUUCUGCCAAAGGGAACCUCGAACAAGCGAUACAUCGAGUCGACUACAACACCAGGCUGUCAGACAAUUUCGAGAUCCGGAUAACCUGA